AUUCGGACAAGCCGUUCUGUGCGUGAGGUACAAAAAAAAAGUUCUGAAAAGUGUGUCCCUCCUGGUUUCGUAGGGCGAUCGAAUUGUUCUCCAAACGAGCUGCAAACGGUGAAAACUCGUGCCGGCUUGAGCAGCUUUCGUGCAGUGGAAAAGCGAACCGACGAAUCGCCCCGGCUGUACAGCGCAGAAAGCGUACCUUGGCGUCCAGGACGCGUGUGUUGUUUUACAUUUUUUCGCUGGGCCCAGCAAAGUAUGUCCAAGAUGUCUCGCUACCCGCACGACGCCAAGGUUUACGUCGGUGAGUUAGGUAACAACGCCAGCAAGCAGGAUAUCGAGGAAGCGUUCGGAUACUACGGGCCGCUGCGGAACGUUUGGGUCGCCCGCAACCCGCCCGGGUUCGCGUUCGUCGAGUUCGAGGAUGCGCGCGACGCAGAGGACGCGGUGCGCGGUCUGGAUGGGCGGACGAUUUCCGGACGCCGGGCCCGGGUAGAGCUGUCGACCGGUCGCGGAGGACGCGGUGGUGGUGGCGGUGGACGUGGCGGACCGCCCCGCGGUGGAGGUAAAGGUGGCGGCCGGUUCCAAUCGGAUGACCGGUGCUACGAGUGUGGUGGACGGGGCCAUUUCGCCCGCGACUGCUCGCGCCGCCGUGGCCGCAAAAGUAGUGUCGAUAGCGCCGCCGGUACGUAUGACGGUGCUACAACGCAGACACCGAAGGCCGUUCAGCAUCGACGAGCAUUGGUAUCGGCGGUGGUGGUUGCUAGAGCCCGAGGCUAA